AUGUCUCCUCCGGAACAGUUACCGUCCUCAAAAUACAACAACGUCGAGCUCGUUCCCUGGGAUCCCGACAGCGACGCCCAUGGCCAGCGGUUAUACGAGCAGCGCGUGGCUUGCACGUGGGAUGAGGAUCUAAUUGACGACGAUGAUCUUGCCGGAAAGGAUGACUUGAUGGCGAAGCACAUUGCAAAAUAUCCGGCAGAAAAAGAAGCCCUCAUCGAUUCAGCCACCACUCUCGCCAACUCACCAAGAACACCAACUUCAAUAUCCUUCCUCCCAAUCGGCCACAUCGCCCUCGAUCUCUAUCCAGACCGAAACACGCGAUUCUCACUCCCCCAAUCCACAGUAUGGGUCAAAUCACUCUACAUUUCACGGACGAUGCAAUCCGGCGGCUUCGGCCGCUCAGCAAUGCACCAAAUCGAGCAUCUGGCCACCCUACCGCCUCUCAGCGCCACGACCAUGGCUCUCGACACUGCGACAAAGGAGUAUCAGACACGGCCGGACUGCCUGGCCUUUUACGCCAAGAUGACUGGGCGAAAGGUCGAGGCCAAGGAUUUCAGAUCCAACGAGGAGUGGUAUGUGCGGCAGGGGUACGAGGCUAUUGCGCGGGAUGAUCGGGCGUAUACGUGGGUGGAUCCGAAGACGGCGGUGCAGGAGGUGAUUCCGUGCGUGUUUUUGAAAAAGGACAUUGUUUGA